AUGUCGGCUCCAGCGGACUCCACCAUGAGCGGUGGUAACGCUGCGCCAGUUGAAACUUCGCGGCUCGAACAGCCUAACGAUGCUGUAGCCAUGGAAAGCAUUACCAACCCGUCCGAGCAGAAGCCUGCCGAUCGCGAGCGCGAGUCUGCCGAUAAGACGAGCGCAGCUGAACCUGAGCCAACACCCUCGACCAACGUGCCAGCACCAUCCGAGAACAUCGAUCAACCAACCACCGCAGCACCAGCUUCGCCAAAGGGCAAGGAAAAGGAGACAGCACCUCCACCACCGACUAAGCAAGACUCAAAUUUGGGCAUAGGACCCGCCGUAGAUGAUAUUCGGGAGAUCUCAGGGGGUUCUUCAGAUGGGCCUGUUUGUACCAUCACACUUCUCCUUACUUCAGGAAGCCGACAUCCGUACAAGAUUGAUGCCAAAUACUUGAGCCGGAGGAACGUGGAUAUUCCGGACCAGACAGAGAAUGGCCUUCCGGACCCGUUUAGUAUUAGCAUUUACACCCUAAAGGAAUUGAUAUUGAGAGAAUGGAGGAGUGAUUGGGAAGCCAAGCCUACCAGUCCUAGCAGCAUCAGGCUGAUUCACUUUGGAAAGCUAUUAGACGACAAGGAGCAGCUGAAGAAGUACCAGCUUUCGACGGAGAGCCCCAACGUGGUGCACAUGAGUAUUCGGCCACAAGAUCUUGACGAGGAGGAGCCUAAGAGUGGAAGCAAGAAUCUUUCAUCAAGUGGUGGCGAUGGCCAACGUUCCCGAGGUGGAGGCUGCUGCGUCGUCUUGUAA